UUGUACCUCCUCAGCUUAAAAGAGUAAAAAAGGCAAAGGAGUGUAAGAAAAAGAGAUUAAAUAAGUCACUAACUGGGACCAAAUGGAUUAAUACAUCUAAAAAUAUGGAAGAAAGUAAUGCUCCUCCUAGGGACUGAAUCCUUCUUCAAACAGAGGCUAAGCCCAAUAGGAAAGUAUCUAAAAAUAAUAAGAAGUUAGUAAGACUCGUUUCAGAUGCACUCGAAGGAUGAGUAGAAGUUCUUGAAUGCGUAAGAUAAGACAGCAGCUAGUUAAACAAAUGGCAGAUAAGUCCGAUGCCCAAAAACUGCGGGCCUCAGAUAGGCACAAAGAAAAAUAUGAAAAAAUAUCUGGGAAUCAAAAUGGGAUCCAAAAGAAGCUGUCAGAAAAAUAUGAAGACACCAGGCCUUCAUCGAAGAUUCGGAUCAGACCAACAAAAAGUAAGGCUAGGAAGAACAGGCCUGAGAUCGCCCUUGCUUUACAAAUGCAGGAAGCUAGUACUAUUUCUGGCAAAAUUGCAUUGCCUAAGAGAAUCAAUAAGAAAUUUGAAAGAUUCAAGGAAGACUUAAGCCAUCACUUUUUAUUAGAUAAACCGUCAAAUGAGAUCUUAGGUCAAGAGACUACGGAUGAUGCUACUAGUGUUGAUCAGCAUGUUGAUGAAACUAUUGAGAAAUCAAAACUUCCUAAGGCAAAAUUGAGGCUAAAGAAGAAGAGGAUGACUAUCUCAAACUUGGCUGAUCAUCCACCACAAAACCCUAACAAGUUAUUAUUCCAGAAUCCAACUAGACUGAGGAAUAAACUACCAACUUCAAAAAGAUUUGAUAAAUUCCAAAGAUUAGGAGCUAACUCUGUUAAAAGGAACCAUAACAAAACUCUUGAAAUAGAUAGCAUUGUUCUGCCAGAGAUUCCAUCAAAUAGAAAGACCCCUUUGAAGAAACUCGAUAAAACUUUAGAGUUCAAUAGGAAAAUCUUUCAUAGAGAGCAACAGAACCCAUUAAGAAUACAAAGAACCAAAAGAACAAGAAAGUUCAGUGAUAUCGAAGAAGCAAGGAAAUUUGAGCAGUUGAAAUUAAUCACUGGAGAUACUAAGCCUCACCCAAAUAUUCAGAAAUCAAGCAAUAUGAGGUUAUACGGAAAAGACAUACUCAACGGCAGAAGAGGGCACCGUAUGUAGUUCAGUUUGCAAUAAAGAGGUAGAACGUUCGCUUAAUAAUAUGGAAAU